UGCACAGCAGAGAUGCACAGUUUUCACUGUUCAGCUCAAUCGGAUGAGCUCAUCAGUAGUGACGAAAGGAAGGCGCUGUAUUUCUGAAGGAGCAAGGAAGCCUGAGCCACUGGCCUCCACAACAGGAUCCUUUUGAGUCCAGUAGCUCCUGGUUCACCCGUGUGAAACGCAGUGGUAUCAAGCAGACUGUGUAAUGCAGCUUGUAAUGUUGCCGCGUUGCCUCACGCCCCAUCGGCUUCGAUUCUGAGGUGUAGAAGCUGCCUCGUCAUCCGUCAACCAGGGACACACUUUGUUCGUCUUUCACUUAGGUGCCAACUCAGUACCACGGUCAAUUGCCGUAGAGGAGAGAGGAGUUGUAGGAGGUGGUGGUCUUGAAGUCACAGCAAGAUGGCUGAUGAGCAGGAGCAACCUCCGGGCCUUGCGAGCGGCCAUGAUGUGAUGGACGAAGAGGGGCAUUUCUUUGACUUCAUUGCAUUCUACAAGAAGGUUGAGUUCUCUGACCGUGCCAUCCGUCUUGAGAUCCUGGAAGAAAGCAGGAGAGACUUGGCGGCAGGCAACGAGCCGUCCACGUCAGCAGCAACCGACGCGCGCCCUUCCUCCGGAGCUGAGGAGAUUCCGGUCAACUCGAUCGUGAUUGCAGCCAAGAGCGCCGUGCUGCGGCAGAUGCUCUCCAACGGGAUGCGCGAGUCGGACAAGGGCGCGCCCGUCGUUCUGAAAGUCACCACUGAAGAGAAAGAGGCCUUCAAGGAGAUGCUCCACUUUCUCUACGCCGGCACGCUGUCCCCGCGCCUCUCCCAACCUGCGACCACCGUGCGCGAACUUUUAAACUGCCUCGUUGUCGGCGACAAGUUCGAGGUCCCUUCCUUCAUGGGCGCUCUCGUCAAGUGUCUGAGCGAGCGCAAGCGGACGAUCGCUGAGAGUGCGGAGCUCGUCGGGGCGCUGACGGGUCACUUGGGCCAAGCGCCGAAGUUGAAGGCGCUGGCGGACGAGGCGCGCGCGCACAUCGUGAGCACGUUCUGUGACGUCAGUGGGACGUGGGCGUCGCCGGAGUUUUACGAAGUGGGUACGGACGUGAUAGAGAUCCUGCUGCAGUCGGAGGAACUAGAGGCGGACUGCGAAGAGGAGAUCUGCCGGAAGGUGCUGAAGUGGGCAAUACGGCGCUUUCAAACCGUAGAAGAGAGGACGGGAGCGCUGGCGACGCUGUUGCCUUUGAUCAGGUUCAAGUGUAUGACCGGGGACUAUUUGGUGCGACUUCUGUCCGUGCCAGAACUGCAGUCGGGAGCUUCCAAGGAGCUGAUAGAUGAGGCGAUUGAGUUCCAAGCCUACACGGAUGACAUGAAGCGGAUGGUGGGGGGAGCAGCGGCUUGCGAAAGGAGAGGGGUGCAGGCAGUCCAUCUCGAGAUCGUCGAUUUCUUCGACUUCUCCGACAAUCACUUGGAGUCGCGGUACGCCUUCUGGUUCGACAAAAACUGGCACCUGCAUGUGACAAAAGGACGAGACCAGGAUCCUCCAACAGUCCAGAUAUUCCUGAUUUGCGAGCAACUGCCGGUGGCCGAAUCCGAGGGCGGACCGGUUUUGAGGCCGGAUGAUGUUGAGUUCCGGAUUUACGUGAGAACAUGGCCUGAAGGCUGGUGGAAAUUGCUCCACAGCGAUCGUGCAACUUACAAGGUCAAUUCUGGGGCCCCACAUGGCUAUGGGAAAGGGGAUGCGUUCGGCCUUCCAUGGGACGACGUACGGGACUCGCCCAAGUAUUCGGAUCAUACUGGCCACGUAACUAUUAAAGUGGUGGCUCGACGUUACAGAAAUAAAUAGCGCUUCCUGGCGGGACAGAAUUGGACGUUUAAGAAACUUUUUGGUCGGUCGUUGAGUGUUACAUAGUGAGUUGACUAAGGCGUGAGUUGGAUUCUGCGGCCCGCGAUUCGUAUGGAGCUGACGGAAUGCGCUGGCCGGAGCUAAGUCUAGCCUUGAAAUGGGUGCCUGACAUUGCCGCACUCAAAUAAUCGUGGUCUCAUAAUGCC